CUCACAUCACAUGGAGAAGCUGCAAAACGCAAAUGGUGUGCUGCUGAGAUUGCCUCCCGGUUUCAGGUUUCACCCAACAGAUGAAGAACUUGUUGUACAAUACUUAAAGCGCAAGGUCCACUCUUCUCCUCUGCCUGCUUCCAUCAUCCCUGAGGUGGAUGUCUGCAAGUCUGAUCCUUGGGACCUGCCCGGUGUUGACUCUGAUCAGCAGGAGGAGAGGUUCUUCUUCAGCACCAGAGAGAUCAAGUAUCCCAAUGGAAACCGAUCCAACAGGGCCACCCAGUCCGGUUACUGGAAAGCAACCGGGCUGGAUAAGCAAAUUAUGGGGGCCAACCAAGUUGGAUUGGUUGGCAUCAAGAAAACUCUAGUUUUCUAUAAGGGAAAGCCCCCCACCGGCUCCCGAACUGAUUGGAUUAUGCAUGAGUAUCGUCUUGCUACCACGCAACCAACUCAGGGUCUGGAAAAGUGGGUACUGUGCAGAAUCUUUUUGAAGAAAAGAGGGAACUACAAGGACGAGAAAAAAAAUGUGCCGGUUUUCUAUGAUUUUCUGGCUACACCCAAGGUGAAGACGUCGUCGUCAUCAUCAUCAUCAUCGGGCUCAAGUGGAAUCACAGAAGAGAGCAGCACAAAUUGUUAAUUAGGAGAAAUCAAGAAUAAUGUUUCUUAGUUUUCUAGUACUAGUACUAGUAUCGAUGUUGGAGUUGAAAUUUAGAUGGAGUUUGUAAUCUCAUCUUGUUAAGUGUUAACAUGAGUUUUUGCCCUCAG